AUGGCGCUGGCGCGGGAUCUGGAGCAGGCGAAGCGAGAGACGCAGUCGGCGGAGGCGCGCGCGAGGAAGCUCUCCGGAUUCGUCGACGGCCACGCGCUCGCGCGGCGGCAGCAUUCGAAAGUCCACGACGACGCCGUGGACGCCGCCGCGAAGGAGCGCGUCGCCGGGGAGGUCGCAGCGCGGCGCGCGGUGCGCGCGGAGAGCGAGCGCGACGACGCGCGCGCGCGAUCGGCCGCAUCGGAGCGCGUCGUCGAGGCGCUGACGACGACGAUCGCGACGGCUGAAAAGGCGUCGGCGGCGAAGACGCGGGAACUCGAGUCGACGCGCGCGGAGCUCGAGUCGACGCGGACGCGCGCGGAGGCGACGUCGACGACGCUCGCGGCGUCGACGCGCGAGGCGCGCGACGCGCGCGAGGCUCUGACGCGCGCGACGCGGACGCUCGAGGCGUCGAGAGCGACGCGCGAUGAGAUCGCGCGCGAGCUUCGCGAGUGUCGGAAAAAGUCGGACGAAGCGUCCGACGCGCGCGACCGGCUUUCCGCGACGCUCGCGGCGACGUCGGAGGACCUGCGCGUCGCGCUCGAGGCGCGCGACGCGUCGCGCGCGUCGCUGACGAUCGCGCGCGCGGACGCCGAGCGGCACGAGGCGCGAUGCCUCGAGCUCGACGCCGCGGUCGCGGCGGCGGCGGCGGCGGCGGCGGCGCGAAAAGACGACGACGAGAGUGCGCGCGCGGCGGCGACGACGCGCGUUUCGGAGCUCUCCGACGCGCUCGCGCUUUCGCGCGAGGAGAUCGCGCGCGUCGGGCGCGCGCUCGACGCGUCGACGCGCGAGGCGGCGCGCGCUUCAACACGCGCGGCGACGUCGGCGCGCGAUUCCGUCGCCGCGCGCGCGGACGCCGCGAGCGCGCGCGACGCGCGCGACGCGCUCGUGAAGCGCGUCAACGCGCUCGAGGCGACGCUCGCGGACGCCGUGAGCGCGCGCGACGCGGCGCGCGCGACGCUCCGCGCGACGCGCGACGACGCUGCACGCGCGACGACGCUGCGCGAGCGCUUCUUCCGCGAGCUCGACGCGCGCGCGCGACGCGCGGAGGCGGAGGUGAUACGCCUGUGUCGGAAGCACGACGACGCGAGCCGGCUGGCGUUCGGAAAUCGCGCCGCCGUCGAUCGGUCCGCGGACCGGGCCGGGGAGCUUGAAGCGGAAGACGAGGAGGUCUUCCAGGAGUGCGACGACGACGCGCGAUGA